AUGGAGUGGAGUAACGAAAAAGUGUUAGAGUUCAUUCAGUUUUAUGAAACUGAGAAUAUUAUAUGGAAUCCUAGUAACCCCGACCACAAAAAGAAACAUUUGAAUGAAAGUGUACAAGAAGAGCAUGCCGAGUGUGACGACGAAGAUGAAGUAAAUACAGUUAGUCGUAAUACAGAAGAUCCAAUUCCCACUAGUUCGCUUAACUCAAGAACAACAAAUAAGCUAGCAAAAAUUAAAUUUCCUUCAGAAAUAUUACAUGCGAAGAGACAAAUGCAAGAGACAUUUGAGCACGUUAAAAGCAGCGUUAGCGACGAAUAUGAAAUGUUUGGAAAAUUGAUUGCUAGUUAA